CGUCUAAGCUGGCCACGCUCAGUCGUGCACUCAUCGUUCUGCGGAACGGUUCCGUCGUCCCGGUUGAGGUUGCUCGAAACAGGUGUGCUGAAGGAGCAGUAGUGCUAAGCUACUAAGUGGGAUCAUUAGUGAUCAUUUGUAGGCUCCAGUAGAAGCUGAAACGGAUCAGAAACUAAGGAUUUUGUAUCUUUCUAACUCGUCCAACCGAUCAGAAUUAGCUGCAAUUGGUUCAGGAGCAUCUACCCGUCGGCAUUACGCGAAAGGAUCUCAAGAAGAAAACCCUUGAGAAACCGUUUAAGGAUUAUUGGUUCAUCUGAGCUAAACACUUCCGGCGCUCCUUUUCCAAGUGUGUGUGUGCGUGUUUGUGAAUAAGUGUACGUGUGUGUGUGGACUGCACAACCAGCAGGCGAACGGAUUGUGCAUGCGGCCCAGUGUUCCAUUCCUGCACUGUGUCCUCACUGUGUCACGAGCGAGGACGAUUGUGCUGCGCGUGAGGUGGCCGUGAGGCGAAAGUUCUUGGUUCUUGGUUACAGGAUCUUGCACUUGGGAGUGUGCCCGUGUGCCCUCCCACAUCUACCACUGUUGACAGCUCGACACCGUACAGCGGGAAAAGGGCGACGAUGGCUGUGACGUUGAAGCAGGAGGUUAAUUUAUCGCGCCGUGCCUGCAGGCCAACAACCACCAACAACGACGACUGUUUGCAAGAACAGAGGACGCUGUUGACGACGCCCACCGAGGAAGGGUCGUGGUACAACGACACUUGCUACAGUGGCGGUGGUGCUAACAGCCGCUUGGUGACGGUACCAGCACCCGCAAAGGAACUCACGGACUCGAGUCGAAGUGGUGGCCUACCAUCGUCGUCGUCGUUGUCGUGCCUGCUGGCUACCAUCGUGAUGUGGUGUACGGGUCAAGUGUUAUUAAAGCUACGCCAGGCUGGCCAGGGUGGCUGGCGGGAGGUGCAACAGCCGCCGCGGCUUAGCCGACUGUGUAUAUACGUAGUGUUCUGCAGUGCUUUGCUGUCCCACAAUGCCUUCGUUCUAGCUAGGCCAAACCUAAGCGCACCGGCCAGCGGCGAAAAGGUGCCGGUCGGUCAAUUAUCGCCCCUGGAUCUGGCGUUCGAUGCCAGCAGCGGAUCGCUAACGAGUGCGAGUCAAUUAAAACGUUCUGCCGAGGCGGCGGCCAUCAUCGCAUCGACCGCACCGUCCGCGGACGGCGGCGCUGGCCACGAGGCGGAGGAUACGGCGCUCGGGCAUGGCCGGGUCGGCGAGGGCGAGGGCGGCGAGCACGGGGGCGAACACGUCGUCGAGCGGUAUCCCGUAUCGCAGGUGGACUUUUCCCGCGUCGAAACACCGUUCGUGAUCGGCGUCUGGAUUCUGUCCGCCAGCAUAGCAAAGAUUGGGUUCCACAUGACGCCCAAGCUGAGCCGCAUCUUCCCCGAGUCCUGCCUGCUGAUCGUGGUCGGCGUCAUUAUCGGCGUGCUGCUGCGGUACGCCACCAACCUGCACGUGUCACCGCUGACACCGAACACGUUCUUCUUCUACAUGCUGCCGCCGAUCAUCCUCGACGCGGGCUACUUCAUGCCGAACCGCAUGUUCUUCGACAACAUUGGUACCAUCCUGCUGAUGGCCGUGAUCGGUACGAUAUUCAAUAUCGCCACCAUCGGCGGGUCGCUGUGGGCCUGCGGUCAAACCGGCAUCUUCGGCGUCGACCUGCCGUUCCUGCACAUCUUCCUCUUCUCGUCGCUGAUCGCGGCCGUCGAUCCGGUGGCGGUGCUCGCCGUCUUCGAGGAGAUUCACGUGAACGAGGUCCUCUACAUCGUGGUGUUUGGUGAAUCGCUCCUGAACGAUGCUGUCACGGUCGUUAUGUAUCACAUGUUCGAGGUGUACAACGAGAUUGGUGCUAGCGAAAUCAUCGCGGUCGAUAUCGUGUCGGGCAUUGCGUCAUUCUUUGUGGUCGCACUCGGCGGCACCAUUAUCGGUGUCAUCUGGGGCUUCCUGACCGGGCUGGUGACACGGUUCACCGAUCACGUGCGCGUCAUCGAACCGAUCUUCAUCUUUGUGAUGGCUUAUCUGGCGUACUUGAAUGCGGAAAUUUUCCACAUGAGCGGUAUCUUGGCUAUCACCUUCUGUGGAAUAACGAUGAAAAACUACGUCGAGCAGAAUGUGUCGCACAAAUCACACACUACCAUUAAGUAUGCACUGAAAAUGUUGUCCUCCUCGGCGGAAACGAUCAUCUUUAUGUUCCUCGGCGUGGCCACUGUUAACAACAAGCAUGUGUGGAACACUUGGUUCGUUUUGCUGACAAUAAUCUUCUGUUCGGUGUAUAGAAUUUUAGGUGUUUUGAUACUGUCAGCGUUAGCGAAUCGUUUUAGAAUACACAAGCUUACUAAAGUAGAUCAAUUUGUUAUGUCUUAUGGAGGCCUUCGUGGAGCCGUUGCGUUCGCUUUGGUGCUGCUGGUGGACGUGAACCACAUUCCGCUGCAGCCAAUGUUCUUGACGACGACGAUUGCGGUCGUUUACUUUACCGUGUUCCUGCAGGGUAUCACCAUCAAACCGCUAGUCAAAAUACUGAACGUGAAGCGCUCGAGCAAGCGGAAACCGACCAUGAACGAGCGCAUCCAUGAGCGGUUUAUGGAUCACAUGAUGGCCGGCAUCGAGGAUAUCGUGGGCAAGACGGGCAACUACAAUAUACGCGAUAAGUUUAAGAGAUUCGACAAUAGGUUCAUUCGUCCAUUAUUGAUCAAGAAUUUACAGGGUCCGGAGCCGAAGAUUUUGGAAACCUACUCUAAGCUAACGAUGCGCGACGCGAUGGACUACAUGCGGCGCAACCCAUCCACCAUCGGACAAAUGUCUGGAACUGAAUCAAUGAGUGCAUUAUUUAGAAACUACACGUCCUACUUCGGCGGAAGGUGCGGCGCCACAAUGCUCGGCACAUGCCCUAGCUUUACGAACCUGGAAAAUUCGACCCGUAACCUGGACAUGCAGGAGCUGGACUACAAUCCCUCGAAGAAAGACUUAACGGAUGCCAAAAUACAUCAUCUGCUGUCGGAAGAGCUUAAACCGUACCGCCGGGCUUCACUACAUACGCAUCGAAGACUUAGCUACAGCCGGCACGCUGUUGACGAUCGGGAUCUAUCAACACAGGUCAACUAUAAAAUGCAGAUGAACAUACGCCGUAUGAUUAGUGAGAAGAAGCAUCACAAGCGCAGCAAACGUGUGAAGGAUGGCAAGCAGCAGAACCACGUCUCGUUCCCCGAGUUUGUGCAGAACGGAUCCGCAAAACAGUUUGCGAACGAUUACAUCAACGAAGUGCUGCACGAAGACAACGAGGAUGAAGAAAGACAGGCGGCGGGACCGUCGGAAGACUGGGACGGAGGUGGCCUAACGUUUACCGCCAAGUCAUCGCUUGACGAGAGAGGUGCGGCAAAGGAAGAUAAGCGAUUCUCGCGAGAGUCACGCUUUUUGGAGUCGGAGCAACGUGUCGCUACGCCGACCGCGAUCGAGUCCGUCCUGCCCUGGAAGCGGGUGGACGAGAGUGACGAUAAUGGUGCUAUCAAACAGAACGAAUUCCCCUCGUGGGCUUCGAACAAGGAGUAUCUAGCUUACAAUUCACCAAGUGCAACAUUUUUGGGUGGCUUAACGCAACCUAAACAGGCUAAGUCCGUAAUAGGUCUGUUCCGGCGAGAGAGUUCCGGCUCCGGUGGGGUCGUCAUCGGCGGCGUGACGGAUUCCGAGACCUCGACCCCGGUGGCGGCGACGACACCGGUCGGCCGGAUGGCGGCCGUCCCGAAGGACAAGCGGUCGGCCUCGAUCGCCGGCUACAUCACGAUCGAUGGCGGCGACACGGCCGGCAACCCGAUGCUGGAUCCGCUCGGCAUUUCCCGGGCGGGGCCGCACGCGACCGCCUUCCCGGUUACCGCCAGCCAUCGGCGCAACAACCGCCGUGGCUCGAUGCUGGAGCUAAGCGGGCUGCUAGUGCCCGGACGACGGCCAAGCCGGUACACCCUAGAGCCCUUCCCAGCUCCACCACUCGAGACGGACGACGAAAAACCGACGCAAUCCCAGUAGUGUUGUAAAAAGCGAGAGAGAGCGAGAGAGAGGGAGAGCACGUACUCAAGCAUAAAAGCAUAGCUGAAGAGCGUUGUAAUAGUGUACCAAAGAGCACGAAACACAAAGCCGGCAAACUGCUUCCUUCUUUCUCCCGGACGGACUAUUGCAACGAUCCGACGACGAUCACUUAGGGUUCCUUUUCCCUCUUAUAAACCCCAUUCACCAUACUCCCCACAUCGCCCCAAAAAAUGGGAACGAGUAACGCUCCUCCACCUCCUCCUCCUUCACAAUGAGACGCAUGAGACGCACCAACGCUGCCAACCUGGACGCAACGGACGGACGGUCGUCGCACAAACGAAACGAAGCCACCACCCGGCCCCAAAACGCGCGAGGGAAUCCCAGAUGGUUUUGCAUGCCAACGGUGGCCACUUCCACCUCCUUCCCCCUUCACCACCCCCCCUCAUUCCUGUCCCCUUCGAUGGUGUACAUUAUCAGCCACGGGUGGUGAACACGCUUCACGGUGUGAUCGCGGGUGUGAUCAUAUAUGUGACACGGUCGGUUUAGUUACUGUUAUUGUUUCGCUCAGCUCUACACGCUCGCUCUGCAUGAUAUGCUGCAUGUUGUUUGUGUUGUGAUGGUGAGGUGUGGUGUUGUGGAAGUUAUGAUUUAGAAACGUAGUUAGUUGCAGUUUAGCAUUUGUUUGUUUUUUUUUUUAAUAAUUAUGUAGCAGAGGGAGAUGUUGAUAGGUUUGUAGUCCCAAAAAAGAUGUAUUAGCAAGCUUACCUGUGUAGUUUGUAGCCAGUGCUUUGAGAACACUUUAGAGAACUUUAGUGAGAUAGAAAAAGAAACUUGUAGCAAAAAAAAAACAAAAAAUACGAAAACAGUAUCAAUCCACAUGCCAAGAUGGUAAUUACGCAAACCCGAGCGUGGUGCGCAAACUAGCGCGUCUAGUCUAAGGCGCGAAGCCAGCCUACGUCACUUAGUGUAGCCAUUACUAUUAUUAUUAUUAUGAUUAUUAUUAACGAACUUAUCUUAGCGCUAGCAAACGGCAGCAGCAGCAGCAGCUCCCCCUUUCUUUCCGCCCCAUAUAACCCGCAAAGGGCCCCGCUCCGCUCUUCACGCUCUUCUUACCGAUGCCAAUUUCCGUUUCUUUUCCUUCUCACCACCAGGUACAAUACGACCGAUUUUGACUUUAGCCUUGUGUCCCAUCGUCGUUUGUCGAUGAAAUGCUGGUAUUUAACAAAAGAACAAUCUAAACAACCAUUUUCUUUUUCUUUGCCAUCUCUUUUUCACUCUCUCGUUCCUUGUUAGUUUCUAACCACGUUCUGCUUAGAGAAGCAUCAUUGCAUCCUCUACUCAACUAGUGCAUCCUCUACAAAAAACCACACACACAGUUAUACCUAAAACACAGUGGCAAAUUCGCCUAGCCUAGCGUGUGUCACUACUUUUCCUUUCGACCUGCUACUAGUCUCUGUUUUUGUAAAUUAAAAUGAAAAAAAUUGCUUUCUUUCAAACAAGGAACCACUUAACUACAAAAUUUGCAAAACCUAGCUACUUAAUCGGCAAACGACAAACCAACCAAUCGCUCCCGUACUUAACAUUCCGCCUCAAUGGAUGGGCUGACCAGUAUAGUGACUUUAGUGACUGGCCCCAGGCCCGUUCAUUGAUGAAUGAGGAAAGCAAAGAACCAUUCGGUCCACAGUAUUUUACACCAACACGAUCGUAUAUCUCCUCCAACCCGAUAGGGGGGAAUCGGGUUCUAUCUCACAAACCCAAUUCCCAUUGAAGCAUAUAGUAUUGUUACUGCUAGUAUUAUUGUGUAGCGCUGUUAGAGUCGUUUAGCAUUUAUUUCUCCAUGUUUUUCCCUCUAAUCAUUCUUUAACUGCAUGCAUUUUAUUGGCUAAACUGUCAAACGCUUUCGCAACACGUGUGUUUACUUCCUUAAUAUGUAGUGUAGCGCGUCAAAACCCGUUCUCAUUGCUGUAGCUAUUAUGGCCUACUACGAGCUUGCUACGUGUGCAGGGGGUUUUGCGCAUACGAGCUAAGAGCGCAAGAACAACGCGCUUACAGGGCACGUGGUAGUAGUCCAGAAAAAGGUGGCUUUCGUCCUGUAGGCUUAAUGUAAAGUUGUGCCUUACGGUGUUGAGCGUAUGAGCGGAAGAAGACUCUUAAUAACCUGGUCGGUAGAUAUUAAGGCGGUACAACUGUAAGCUUGCAUUAGACAUACACUAUUCGGGGAGGCUUCUCCGCCAUCAAAUCUACUUCAGGAGAGAGCGGUAAAGGGACACUGUCACUCGCCAGAAGGUGUCCCCGAUUAGUUGUGUUUGGAUGUUGGGAGUAAGCUGGACUUUUGCCUAAUCUAAUCUUACGGUGGAAUAGCUAGUAAUCUUCUAACUUUAGAACUAUCCGUAACGAUCGUUAAAUAUAUAUAAUAUAUAUAACCACAAACUGUA